AUGCCUAUUUGCAUUGAGUGUUCCUAUCCGGUCUCACAUCUGUACAGCGCAUAUAGCCGUGCAGAUGACCGAUCCCAAGGCAAGGGUGUGCGACUAACGCAAUGCCCGCGAUGCCAGCGUUUUGCCGACAAAUACGUCGAAUACGACUUUGUUGUGCUCUUCAUUGACUUGGUGCUCAUCAAACCCCAGGUAUACCGGCAUCUUCUCUUCAAUCGACUCGGGCGAGACGAUAACCAGUUCGAUCGGUCCAUCAUUCGCCUCGGAAUUCUUCUCCUUCUCUUCGACGUCUAUCUCACCUGGGCCCGCAUCGAGAAGAACCCAUCACUCGCAGCGACCUUCCUCUCACGCGCUCCGAUCAUUAUCCAAUAUCUCUUCUUCCUUAGCUUGAACGCAAUCGCAACGCUUGCGCAUCACCUCACUGUGCGCCUUCUGGCAUCAAUUCUAGUGCCAAAAUCUCGCCGAUAUACCAGGCCAGACAGCCGCAGCGGUACCCACAAUGUCAGCACCAACGCUAGCACAAGAACCGCCGGAGAUGCCACUCCCUCCACCUCGGGUCCCCCGACGCCGACAAUGCGGCCCUCGCCGUCCGCUGCACCAGUCAACACGAUUACGCAAACUCCCUUGAAUCCCCUUGCAAGCCCGCCAAAACCAACCCCAAACCCGAACUCAUAUAACGAGGUCACCUCCCCAACGGACCUAUCCUCACCACCACAAGAACAUCCAACCCCUCCCCCUCCAACAGCCGCAAGCCCAGCAGCGAUCAGCACCGCCCUACUGGUCAGCAGCUGCGCAAAGCUCUUCCCCAUCCUCCUUGUGAUCUGGGGCGCAGACGGCAGCGGCAGCCUCUCCAACGCCCCGGCACACAGUCCCACGGCAGCGCAAAUCCAGUCACCGACGCAGCCAGCUACGAUGCCGAGCACGGUACACGAAACUCUAUUCGCGACAGUUCGACAAACGUCUUCGCUCCUCUCUGCUAAAGCAGCAAUCUCCGCUCCACUGUCGGCCUCGGCUCCGGCUUUAGCGCAUUCUUCUUCGUUCCUGGAAUCAUGGCUAGCAGCCACGGCUUCUUCGCUCCGAACUUCCACGCCGACGAGUUAUUUGACGGGUGUUUUUGACUUGCUCGCUUCGCUGCUUUCCUUGGGUGUCGUCGAUACGCAUCUGGUCCUGUUGAGUAAUAUUGAGGCGUUAUACAUAUUACUUGGUUGUGGGUAUCUACGCGCUGUUGCUGUUGCCGUUGCGGGUCAAAUUGCGCGGUGGGCGGUGCAGAAAGUGAUCCUAGGGGCCGUGGGAGUCGGUUGA